UCCCUGCCCAUUAGGGUACAAUUCGUCAUCAACACAGUUCCGGUGUUGGAUAACGUUGCAACACAAAUACUUCGAAUCAUAGGUGUUGCACCUUAUGAGGAAACACUGGCAAUAGUUACCACUGAUGAGCCUACUCCGGAAAGCCUGGUCUUUGGCGAUUUGGUCAAACUGUUUGGACAGGUUAAGGAAUUCUUCAGCGUCGAAGAUCCAUUUUUGGACAUGGAACACAUUGUAGACGAUCGCUCGACAUUGUCUGAAGAUGGACUGAAAAGUUUGAAAGAAAUUGAACAGACCAUUGAUACUGCACUAAAGAAAUCCAACCUUGCAACGUUCCUACUAGCGGCUUUAGGUGCUGUGGACGUUGGGUUAUCAUAUCUGAACGAAAGUUUCUUAGACGUUUUCUGUCCAACCCCUUGUGGGAACUGGUUUAACGGUAAAAUGGGUUCUGGAAGUUUCACGGCAGGAAAACUGCUCAAGGCACAGGCUGGAUUAUUCCUCGAGUUGAAAACACAAACUUACAUUUCAGGUGUGGAAUUCAGUGAAAGGCCAAAAGAAGAACUCUUGGAUGAGAUCUUUCCUUUUAAUUUACAAGAUUUGCUUCUAAGACGUCGUCAAGCUGCACAACUCACACCUGUGGAAUCUGAUUUUAUCUUCAAAUGUACCACACGCCGUGACACUUUGCUGAACUCCCCUGACACGGAAGAUUUAAGUGAGAACUACGAUUGGCUUAUCUUCUUAAAGGAGCUCUUUGGAUAUGUAUCGAAGAACAUUGGAUUCCUUUUGUGGGGGCGUAAGCCUCGGACGUCAUUGCUUCCAUCGUUAACGGAUCUGACCUCUCCUACAACAAUAAUUCCAUCAGACCUGACCCACUUGACCAAAGAGGAAAUUCACAAACGUUUGGAGGAACAGAAGGAAAGGGAAAAGGAACUGCAACAAGAGGCCGAAAAAGAACCUCUUACCGCAAAGCGGAAACGUGUUGUACGAAGACCAAAACCUGUUCUUGUAAAAUCAUCUCAGUCAAAGUCCACAACUGUUACACCACGCAUCAAAAACAUGCUGCGUAGAGCAUGGUCUCCUGAAGAAGAAGAAGCCCUUGUAGAGGCACUCAAAGAGGUUGGUCCUCGUUGGUCAAAAAUUCUUGACUACUACGGUCCCGGUGGUACCAAAAGUGAGGUUUUAAGAAACCGUACACAGGUUCAACUCAAGGACAAGUCCCGUAAUUGGAAGAUGGCAUACUUGAAGAACUCACAACCUAUGCCAGAUUAUUUGAAAAAGGUUACUGGUGAAUUGGAACGU